AUGUAUGUGAAAUGGUUUGAUACAGUAAUGUUUUACUAUGUGAUUUUAGUGAAUUUAGUGAAUGUCACUUUUUGUCAUUUUCAAAUUUACCGCCAUUCCGUCCCCGUACGUCCUGACGUCACAGGGGACGAAACCCAGAAGACAGAUCCCGGCAUCCGCCGGAGGACAUUACAAGUUACACUUCAGGAGGGACAUCGUGGGAGCGCAGGACAAGGUAAGUGAAGAAGAGAUCCCGGAGCAAUGCUGCAUGAUAUUCCCGAGUGUAGCUCGGGGUUACCGCUUGUGCUACACUCGGGAAUACCGCCAGGGAGGCUAC